UGGGAGGGGUGAUAUUAGGAGAGGGUUUGUUGGUAUUACAGUUUCUGAGAAGGUGCCUUACUAUUGUGUUUGACCAUGGUUGGUAUCGUUCCCAAGAAGGAUGCCCCAGGAGUGGAUUUUUGUGGUGUUGACAAAUAUUACUACAUUGUCCGAUCUGAUCUCGGCUGUUACAUGCGGUCAACAAACUUCAACAAGGGUGAAGAUCUAAUUGUCUACAGUCUGCAUCUCUCUUGUAGAAAUGGAGACCAUUACCUGGCCCAUGAAGAUGACCUAUUCUAUAUCAUUAAGGGCACAAAUUAUCGCCGUGUGACCAACAUGAACACAGAUGAAGGUGCUAUAGUCUACGCUCUACAUCCCAGCUGCCGGGGUGGUGAUCACUAUCUCUCUGCCUUCGGUCACUUCUACAUCAUUGACCAGAGUCGAGGGGUUUAUCGUAAAACUACAAAUAUGAACACGUACGAGGAUGGGGUGGAGUACACACUCCAUCCCAACUGCAGGAACGGGCUCUACUACUUUGGUGUCAAAGACUACUAUUACUUUGUGAAGCCUCAUGAUGAAUGGGGGGUUCAGUAUUACAAAUGCACAGACUUCUCAAAGGAUACGGAUGGAGAGCCCUUUUCCUUUGAUGCCACUGUCACCAACUUCACCCCUGGGGGCUUGGCCCUCAUUCGGGGUCCCUCAUUUGGUGUCUGGAAGUGCAUCAAAACCAUCAGCAAUGAUUCGCAGACUCCGAUCACCUGGACAAACAAGAUCAACAAGAAGGUUGGCUAUGAGAAGGAGAAGAUGUCCUCAAUGGAACAUAACUGGAAUGUUUCAGCCACAGUGUCUGCAGAGACAGGUGGUCUGAGUGCCCUUGUCGUAAAGAGCCAGUUCUCUCUCAGUACUUCAUAUGGAGGAUCCAGUGUCAACACGGAGAGAGAGAACUGGAAUGAGGUGACAGAAACUGAGGAAUCCAUCAAUCUGACCCUGAAGCCCAAUGAGAAGAUCUAUGUUUGGCAGUAUGAGCUGGGUCUGGGUAAAGAAGCUGUGCUAUUCUGCAGGGAUAUGAAGUUUGAUGAUGAUCCAGAACCCCCAACUGAGAACCCUCUACCACCAGCUAACUAGUUCACAAGGCAAUCACUGUAACAAUGUAUUUGGCUUUCAGGGACUAAACCAACCUACAGACUGUUAAUAUUUAUAGGUAACUAAUCGUGUAACCUGCAUAAUCCUGUUGGUAUAUCUAAUCAUGGUGUGACCUUAUCUGACAAUGAAAUGUUAGGUUUUCCACCAUAAAUGGUGAGGACAAAAUCCAUCUAGGCUGUUCUAGUAAGGUCAAGGCACUAAUGAUUCUGUAAUAUGGAAACUGCUCCUCCAGAUUCUAAAUGAAGGAAGAAAAUAAAAAUAUUUGAAUUGC